GUGGGGCAAAUUUACAUUUGCACUUCACUGAUAGUGACUGUUUCUAGAAAACAAUCCGCCACUAAAAUAAAUAAAUUAAGCGAGUUUGGCAAUUACCACAUCAACCGCUAGAGGGAGCCUUUUUGCAAUUUUCUCACAAAGUCGGCUCUGUUUAUCAACAAAAGCGUUCGGGCCUCUCGCAUUCGCUCGGGAUUCAUCGUUCACAAUCGGAGCUACGAUCAUGGCGAUGGCCAGUUUACGAAACUGUUCGUCCUUGCCUUCCCUAUUUUGCAGUAGGCUAUUUAGACCUGAGUUGAAAUCUCUCUGCUCAUAUCACAAAAAGGUGGUUGACCAUUACGAAAACCCGAGGAACGUGGGCUCUUUGGACAAAAGCUCCAAAAGUGUGGGGACAGGUUUGGUGGGUGCACCAGCCUGUGGGGACGUUAUGAAACUUCAGAUUCAAGUCGAUGAAAAUGGUAAGAUAGUGGAUGCAAAGUUUAAAACAUUCGGCUGUGGAUCAGCUAUUGCCUCCAGUUCACUUGCAACAGAGUGGGUGAAGGGGAAGUCGCUGGAUGAAGCUAUGAAGAUUAAAAACUCAGACAUUGCCAAAGAACUGAGCCUCCCUCCAGUCAAGCUUCAUUGUUCCAUGCUCGCAGAAGAUGCAAUAAAAGCAGCGCUCUCAGACUACAGACUCAAACAGGACAAGAAAGAGGAACGGCCCAAAGCCAGCAGCUAAUUUUUUUUCUUUUACUCUUCAUCAUCACAUUAAUGCUGAAUAAAUGAGUUCUUCAGAGAAACACAGAGCGCAUUACACUCUAUGAAGAACUCAGGUGUCUCAUGAUGUUAUUUUGCUGCCCUCAUUUUUGUUUUUUGAGCUGGAAAACAACAAUUUUGGCCUCUGUUUAUUUUGGCUGGAUUGUAUUAAAAUGUGAGAAGGUCUUCUAAAAAACUAUAAAUAAAUUGCUGAAUUUCUUUAUUUUACCAUUAAAGGUAAUAAACAAUUUCAAAACUG